AUGUCGUCCCCUUUGAUCCGUCGCCCCAAUCCCUCCCAAGGCUUGGUCAAUACUUCGGCAGUCAAGACGUUCAGGAUCGCAGAACUCCUGCUCCUGAUCGUCGAGGAGCUCGGAGAACGGACCGAGCAAGAGCCUGGGUACCAGAAUCUGGGCAGCCUUGGGAACUUAAUCCUUACGAACAAAUCCCUGUUUAUCUCACUCCAGGUUUACCUCUACGCUCAAGACCUGAAGGAUGACUGCCACAAAGGCCUCCAACACGCCGUUUUCAACUGCUCUGACCGACUGGGCUACCGCAUUCUCUCCAAGUACCCUGUUGCGCUCCUACGCGUCAACAUCAACAAAGUAUACAAGCGAAGUACUGCGAAUGCCAGAGCAACCUUUACUCUGCUUCAUAUCGCUGCAGCUCAGCAGCAGCACCGUGUGAUCCGAAAGCUGGGACGCCUGGGUGCUAAGUAUCAGGAGGUCAAGAAUCUUCACCUCGUCUUGCCACAGGAAUUCAGAGAUCAGUUGGGAAAAGAGACCGGGCUUUCCAAUCACCUCCCGAGACUCCGGUGGAAACCUGCUCUGGCACCUCUUAUACUGCAAGAUGUUGGAACCUUCGAUCUCCUAGACGAAUUCUGGGACGCGGCUUACGUUGGAAAUUUCAACUUGGCUGUUGCUUUUGCAGCUCACGGCGUGGCACCUCCAGAGCCUCCCUUUUGGUCGAUGACCGUCCAUCACUUGGCGGCAUCUUUGACAGAUCAGAAAUACUCUGUCCAGCUGUUGAGGCACGCUGCAAAGAUUCACCCUUCACUCAACGAAGCCCCUGGAGGACUGGAGAGGUACUCGGUUCUCCAUUUUGCUAUCCAGGCUUUCAACUCCAAGGGCUUGAGAUACCUCCUGGAGUCUGGCAUCGGGUUUGGACCCUACAUGGUCGAUGCCCUUGGUAACAACCCACUCCACUGUGUGUUUCGACUUGCAUUGGAAUCGGCGAACAACGGGACUAUGAGAGCUACAUGUAAGAGAAUGGCGGACGACCUCAUGGACAAUCACGGGUUUCACCACCGCAUGGUCCGAACUUGCUGGCCAUACGAGUCACCAGUCCUGAUUUUGGCUCAGUCUGCCCUUAUAGAUUGGAGCGGCAGGCAAUACAUGAUCAAGUACCUACUUGACAAAUGCCUGAAGAGCGAAGUGGAAAUGAAGUUUCGCCGGAACUACGACCCUGCAGUUCACCAAAACACUCUCAACAUCCCCGACGCGUGCGGCAACACUGCACUGUCAUUUAUGGCCCAAGCCAUCGUGGCACACGGGGGUAAUGAGGCCAUGGAAACUUUGUUCAGUAAGAUGGUCCGCUGCGGAGCCAGGGUCAACCUGGACAUCAACCCCCGAUAUAGACCGCGCAAGUACGCCCACUCUAUCAAGUACAUUGUCCAAGCCGCCAAAGGAUGCACCAAAUUCAAGAGGCAGGUCGACAGACUCGGCGCUGGUCUUCACCAGGCUGAAAUUGAUGGCACUGCUGUGGGGUACGAUGGCAUCGAACAGCGAGAUCAUGUGCCACAUGUACACUCGCUUCCUUCAAACCAUCUCUUCUUCCAAGGAUACCCCUAG